AUGUCUACUAUGUCUAUGUCUUCAGUAAACCCUUCCUCCCUUAAACCAAAUUCUUUCAAUGAAGCAGAAAAUAUUCGCGAUCCACUUGAAUUUCGAAAGAAAAAGGAUCAAAAUAUAAGGAGGACACUAGGUUCCAAUUUAACUUCAAUUGAUAGAUUUACGGGUGCAAGUUCCGGAAAGGGUCCAAUAUACUAUUUGGUGCGUCCAAAAGAGUUACGAGAUGAUCAUCCUGUAUGGCAUUAUUUCUACUUGUGUACUUUGAUAUUUGCGGCAUUCGUGGCGUUAUUCGUUGGACCUGUUAUGUUUGGAAUGUUAGCAGCAAUUGGGGGCAUUGGAACUCCAUUUAUUUUAUCAAUUAUGGGAA